AUGCCAUACGGUAAGCGAAGAAACCUGUACCUCCCCUCAGGCGUGUUGAAGGUACACAGUUUGGAGCUCUCCUCGUCCAACCUGCGCUGCCAGAAGCCUCAUGAUGCAUUAAAUCUAAAUGUUACCCAAGCCCAUCGUCCUGAGCACCAGGAGUCUGUAUGCAUUAAGAAAGAGGAGGAGGAAGAGUCACCAUAUAUCAAGGAGGAGGAAGAGUCCGUACCCAUUCAAGUGUUCAAGUUGAUUUCUCACCUCCUUCAGUUGGGAGUAAAGAUGAGGCUGGCUCAUAAAGGGUGUCAGGAGACAGAGCUGCUGAGCCAGACGCAGCAAGAGGAGUUGUGCUUGUGCCUAUUACAACAGGCCACUACUUUGCUCUUCUGUCAAGCACAAGGUUUUAGCAAAUAUUUUGAGUGGCCGGAGUCUGAGUCUCCUGGCUUUAAAGAGGAAGUCGAGCACCCGAAUAUGAAACAGCAAGAGCCAGAGCACCCUCAACAGCAAAAGAGAGAAGUACAACUUCCAAUCAAAAAGGAGGAGGUAGACGCUGGUGAGCCCUUGAGGAGUGAUGAUGAUCUGAGUGAGGCCAACAGAAGAGCGGAGCCUCCAAGCGGCAGCAGCAGCUCAAUAAAAGGAUUGCAAACUGACAUUUUCAACGCUCCAUCAGACAGAAAUGGCACCACGAGCCACAAUGUUGAAAAACCUUUUGUCUGCUCAGUUUGUGGUCAUAAAUUCCAUCGGGAGGGCAACUUAAACACACACACAAAAACCCACACUGGCGAAAAACCUUUUUCCUGCUCAGUUUGUGGUAAAAAAUUCACUCAAAAGAGUAGCUUAAACACCCACACGAAAAUCCAUACCGGAGAAAAACCUUUUUCCUGCUCAGUUUGUGGUAAAAAAUUCACUCGAAAGAGUGACUUAAACAGACACACAAGAUCUCACACUGGUGAAAAACCUUUUUCCUGCUCAGUUUGUGGUCAAAGAUUCAGUCUUAAGAGUAACUUAAAAGUACACUCAAGAACCCACACUGGCGAAAAACCUUUUUCCUGCUCAGUUUGUGGUAAAAAAUUCACUCAAGAGAGUAGCUUAAACACCCACACGAAAAUCCAUACCGGAGAAAAACCUUUUUCCUGCUCAGUUUGUGGUAAAAAAUUCACUCGAAAGAGUUACUUAAAAGUACACUCAAGAACCCACACUGGCGAAAAACCUUUUUCCUGCUCAGUUUGUGGUCAGAUAUUCACUCAAAAGAGUAGCUUAAACACCCACAUGAAAAUCCAUACCGGAGAAAAACUUUUUUCAUGCUCGGUUUGUGGAAAAAGAUUCACUCGCAAGAGCGUCUUAAACACACACACAAGAACCCACACUGGUGAAAAACCUUUUUCCUGCUCAGUUUGUGGUCAAGGAUUCAUUUGGAAGGAUCAUAUGAGGAGACACAACAAAAUCCACACAGGUGAAAAACCUUUCUCCUGCUCCUUUUGUGGUAAAAAAUUCUCUGACAAAGGCAACUUGAAAAGACACACAAGAACCCACACUGGUGAAAACCCUUUCUCCUGCUCCGUUUGUGGUAAAAAAUUCUCUGACAAAGGCAACUUAAAAAAACACAAGAACCCACACAGGAGAAAAACCAUUUUCCUGCUCAGUUUGUGGUCAAGGGUUCGCUUGGAAGUAUCAGAUUAAGAGACAAGUGUGUGUCUGAAAUCUGCUUUGUCUAAUCCUUGUAUUGUGUGGAUCCACACGAUAGUACUUGCUCACCUGAUUUAACUGUCAAGUUAAGUGGCAUUUUUUUAUACUAUACUCCCCCUCUUUCAAAUAUUAACUCUUCACAGUUAAUAUUUGAAACAGUAGAUCCCAAAUUACAAAAAUUCUGAAUCAUUGAUAAAUAAUAUAAUUACAAUCAAUAUGGAAAAUUAUGAUUGGCUCACAAAUAAUGUUUUUGGGGUGGGGAUGAUUACAAAUAAAAAAAAUUACUAUUACUAC